AUGGAUGAGGAGUGGGAUGUAUUGGGAGAUUUUAAUGUUGUUGUCUCUAUGGAGGAACAAUAUGGGUAUCAGACUUAUAAUGCUAGUGGUUCUAGAGAGUUUCAGGAUUGGCUUUUUGAUACUGCUUUGGUGGACAUGGGGUAUGAAGGGGUGCCUUUUACUUGGAGUAGGAGUGAUGGGAGAGAUGGUAUUAAGAUGGCUAGAUUGGAUAGAGGAGUAUGCACAAUGGCUUGGCGGUGGAGGUUUGCUAAGGCUAGGAUUGUUCAUCCUCCUAAAUUUCAUUCAGAUCAUUGCGCUAUUAUUUUAUCUUUGAGAGAGCAACCUUUGCCAAAUGGUAAUUUCUUCUGUUGCCAAGCGGCUUGGUUUGCUCAUCUUGAUUUUGUUGAUUCUGUUCGUACUAUGUGGAAUCAUUCUAAUGAGCUGUGGAGCAAUAUUGAGAGUCUACAACAAGGAUUAAUGAAAUGGAAUAGAGAGGAAUUUAGAAAUAUUUUUGCUAAGAUACGUCAGCUUUUGAGGAGAAUUGAAGGGGUACAACGCAUUGCUUGUCGUCGAAUCCCUGAGGAGCUUCGUGCUGACCUUGAUAAACCGUAUCAGAAAGAGGAAGUGGCUCGAGCUUUAUUUCAGAUGGCACCUUUUAAAACUGCUGGUGAGGAUGGUUUCACAGCAGGCUUUUUCCAACAUGCUUAG